UGACCUGCUGCGCUUUUCCAGCAACACAUUUUUAAUCUCUGAUCCCCAGCAUCUACAGUCCUCAUUUUCUCCUCAUUCACUUAGUCUGUCAACAUCCCCUUGUAACUUUAUGCUAUCAGCUACGCUGUCUACAAUACCACCCAACUUCGUGUCAUCAGCAAAUUUGGGCAAUAUCAGCGAUGUCAGGCAGACAAUCCCAACUCCCAGCUGAAAAGCAAAUUUCUAACUGCUUUGGCCUGAUGGUGCAGUCCCACGUUAAUGUGGAGAAUUUCCUGUUACCAACUAUUGCAUCCGUCACCGUUUUAAGUGACCUUGUGCGACAGGUCAGAAAAAUAAACGAUGUUGAACUGAAGCGAAGCAGUCCAGACAAGAAAUCCCUGUUUCCAAAGCCAGAGUCAUUCAAGAGCUGCCUGAUGAAGAUUUGCAAUGAAACCAUAAACUCACUUGAUGCGACCAGCAAUAACCUGCGUAACAUCCAGAGGACGUGUAACCAACUGAAGGGGAGUCUUCAAGCAGAACCCUCCACCAAGCAGCAGGCCAGAGUUCAGGCCUGUGUAAAUCAGUGCAAGGAAAACGCAGCUUCAGUGGAACAGAAACUCUCCGAGCUGAGUAAUCUUUACAAUGAGCUGUGGGAAAUGUGUGAAGCUUCCCAGAUUGCCAGCCAGGAUCAAAUGGAAAAAAUAAGGGAACUCCUGGAAAAAGCCAGAGAAGGGAAGGACGCAAUCGAGAAAGAGAAAGUUGAUUUGGAUAAUAAAUGGAGUGAGGUUUCCCAAAGGCAUGAGGAACUCCUUAAUCAAUACAAUGAUGUGAGCUCCAGUGCUCACGUUGAUGAGUUUUGUGAGCAAGGACUGAAGAAGAUGAUGGAGAUGAUUCCAGAAAUUAUGGAUUUGUUGAGCAAUCUGAGCAGCCCAUUGCAGCUUGCAGUGAUGCUGGGGAAAGGGUUAAUGUUCCUCAAAACGCUGAUUGCUGAUCUCAAAAAUAAAGAUCCCUCAAAAUCCAACUUGGAAAUUACGAAGUUCCUCAGCGAGGUUCGAGAACAAGCAGAACUGAAGAUCAAGCAAGUCCAAGCUGAGCUGGAGAACUCACAAAACAAGUACAAAGCCUGUUAUGAAGAGAUGAAACGUUUGGAUAAAGAGAGUGAGCAACUAUCGACAGAGAUACAGGACACUCAGACCCAGGAGGAGUCUGUCAAGACCAAUCUCCAGCUGAUAGUUGAAGGACUGAAGGUACUCAGGAAGAUCCAAUCCAACUGGGCAGACAUGAUCACAUUCAUUCAAUUUGUCCCCAAGUUAACUGAAAGUUUCCUGAGAACAUUUACAAAGUUUGGUGCUGGGGGUGAAGCAGUCUCACAGCGUGCUCCAGAGAUUUUAGCCAGCACUCAGAUCCAGGUGUCCCAGGCAGUCAGUAUCUCGGACAGCGUGAAGGCCCUGUCUGAAACCUACGUGCAGAUUUAUCAGGAUCACCUUCAACAACCACUGGGUGAGCUGAGCUCAUUGCUGGGUGGACAGGGCACAGACGACACGUUUAAGGAGAUUCAGAGAAAAUGUGAAGCAGCUAAACAGGCAGCACGUGAAAAAGUCACUCAGAAUCAAGAGGUGUUUACCAAGAAUGGAGCAGAAGCUAUUAAAAAACUCCCUGAUUUGCUGAAAUAAGAAAGUUAAUCCACAAAAUAGGAACAGGAGUUGACCAUUUGCCAACCCUCAACCCCCAGAUCCUGUUCCACCAAUCAAUGUGCUGACUGCUGAUCUCCCACCUCCAUCCAUUGUCCUGUCUGCUUCAAUAUCAUGACCUAAAGUCACACUGAGGAGAGACCUUGUAUGUGGUUGAGACACCUUCUGCAAAGAUGACAUUGCAUUUCCUGUAAGAGCAUACCCAGACCCCUUUGAACAUAAACAUUUACAAAAUUCACAGAUUUUGAACAAAUUCUUUACUAUUUUCAAAGCUCCUUCAUCUGUCACAUAUUUGCCCAUUCAUUAACCUGUCUACAUCUCCUUGCAGCCUCUCUGCCUUCACAAUUUACAAUCCUGCCUGGUUAAAUAAUUAUCAAUUUCACAUUCUGAUAUUUGUUUUUACAAAAGAACUUAAUUUAUAUAAUGCCUUUCAAAACUACAUUCCUCCCAAAGUGCAUUACAACCAGUUAAGUUGCACAUACUAAAGGCAUUCAUACCAGCGUAAUUUCAAACAAUGGGAGAUGGUCUCCUUGAAAUGUUUCUGAUCCUGAGCAGGUCUUGACAGGACAGGUUCUGAAAGAAUGUUUCAUCUCCUGGAGAAGUCUAGAAACUGGGGAGCUGAUUAAAACAGGGCUCUGGUUUGGGACAGAGCUGAGGAGGAAUUUCUUCUUUGAGGAGUUUUGGAAUUCUUUAUUCCAAAGAGCAGUGCAAUCUGGCUGACUGAACUGAUUUAUGACUGAGCUAAAACAGAUUUUUGAUGAUGAACAAAGUAAACGUCAUAGGGGAGAGACAGGAGACAGCAGACAAAUCCAAAAUCUGAUCAGACCUGAUCUUAGGAAGUCAUGAAGCAACUCAAAGGGCCAAGUGAUCCACUCUGGCUCCAAUUUCUUGAGAUGUUGUGAAUUCAGAAGUAAGUUAAAAUGCUGAUCCUUGCUGUACACUACAGGUCAUAGACCUCCAGUCAGAAAAACACCCCUCCACAACUGCUCUCUGUCUUCUGUGAUCAAGCCAGUGUUGUGUAUAACUUACCAACUCUCUCUGGAUCCCCUGUGACUCAAUCGCCUGGACUAGCCUACUAUGGGGGGUCUUGGGUUUGUAGGUUUAGGGAUACCUGGAUAGUUAAUUUUAAAUAGUUCAAUAAAAGGGAUGAGGAACAUCUUUUUUAAUGUGAUAUAUCUUGGAAAUCACGUGGUUUCAGGUAAUUGUUGGUACUGGUCAGAAAAGAUGCCGGACUGUAUUUGAGGCUGGGUUUUAUGCCUGUUCUAUCUGAACAAUGUUUUACUAUCUUUGAAUUUCAGUCGGGAAAAGUUCUGGAAUAAGGGAGCUGCUGUCUGUUUCUGUAGCAGCUUUGUGCUGAAUCCCAUGAGUCACCUGAUUGCCUUUGAAAAGUCAUCGGAAAAAAAUCCUUGAUUCUGUUUCCUGAGCAGGUAGAGGUCCCAGAGGCAUCUGCCCAGAUUGGACUAUAUGUGCCAGGUCAAUACCAUCCUGCACUGCCCACAAGGCUGAGUACUCAGCCCCUUACUGUCCUCCUAUACACUCACCACUGUGUAGCUAAAUUCUGCUCAAACUCCAAUUACAAAUUUGCUGAUGACACCACUGUAAUGGGUCAGAUCUCCAACAACAGCAAGACAGAAUACAGGAAGGAGAUAGAAGUGACGUGGUGUAAAGGGAACAAUCUCUCCCUCAACACCAACAAAAUGAAGGAGCUGGAAGUGGAGGGGAGGACACACCCCUGUCUGUCGAUAUGGGGCUGAGGUGGAGGUGGUUCCUAAAUAUCACCAACAAUCUGUCCUGGUCCAUCCACAUCAAUGCAACAGUCAAGAAAGUAUAUCAAUGUCUCGACUUCCUCAGGAGGUGAAGGAAAUGCAGCAUGCCCACAAGAAUUCUUACCAAUUUUUACAGAUGCACCACAGACAGCAUCCUAUCCAGAUGCAUCACAGCUUGUUACAGCAGCUGCUCUGCCCAAGACCACACAAGAAACUACAGAGAGUUGUGAACACAGCCCAGUCCAUCAGGCAGACCAGGCUUCCAUCCAUUGUCUCUGUCUAUACCUCCCCCUGCCUCGGGAAAGCAGCCAGCAACAUCAGAGACCCCUCACAGUUCAGAGUGUGGUGCUGGAAAAGCACAGCAGGUGAGGCAGCAUCCGAAGAGCAGGAGAAUCGACGUUUCGGGCAUAAGCCUUUCAUUAGGAACGGGACCCCUCACAGCCUGCUUAUACUCUCUUCCAGCAUCUUCUAUUGGGCAGAAGAUACAAAAGUUUGAAAACGGACCAACAAGAACAGCUUCUUCCCCGCUGUUAUCAGACUUGAAUGGCCUCUCAUACCUUAGAGUUGAUCUUUCUCUGUCGCUGACACACAAUAUUUUGCAUUCUGUUCUAUUUUACCCUGAUGUAAUGAUGUAAGGUAUGUUUUGUUUGGAUAGUGUGCAGUACAAUACUUUUCACUGUAUCUUGGUACAUGUGACAAUAAUCAAAUCAAAUCAAAUCAUAAAACCCUGAACAUUCCAAAACCUUUUGUUCACCUUUGAGAACUAAAAUUUAUUGGCCAGUGUGUAUCAUCUCAAAAUGAUUCUUUGCAGUGGGAAAUUUAUUUUUGUCUCUUUUCACACUGUGAAAAGACAUGUGUUUGUGUCUGUGCUCCUGAGUUUAUUUCGAGAAUAAAACAUUUGUAUUUUCAUCUAACAAACUGUAUGUUAACCAAUGCUGCAUAUUCAUUGAAUAAACUUUGAAUGAACCAA